AUUCUAAAUUAAUCGCCCAACUGCACAGGGUGAAGUCAAUUUCUCAGGAAGUAAGUUUUCUACAGCAAAGAGUUGGGAAGAGGAGCAAGAGAGACUUACUUGGCAACCGGGCACAGUAAGCAUGAAUACAGUUACUUCACCGGGCCCCAGGGCCAAUCCUGUUUAUGUGGUGGCACCCCACAACAGUUAUCCUGUGGCCCCAGGAACCAUGCCUCAGGUGCCUUUUUAUCCUGGCCAUCAGCCUCAAGUUCACGUGAUUUCUGGUAAUCUGCCUGGUUUGGUGCCAGCUGUGACUGAACUGCCUGCCCAGAGAGUCUUGAAAAAGGGAGAGGUCCUAGGGGCCAUGCAAAUCCUGAUUGGCCUGGUGCACAUCGGCCUGGGCUGCAUCAUGCUCACCAACCUCUUCGGCCAAUAUUCAGCUGUCUCCCUCUAUGGAGGUUUCCCCUUCUGGGGAGGCAUCUGGUUUAUCAUUUCAGGAUCUCUCUCAGUGGCGGCAGAAACUCAGACCAAUUCACCUUGCCUGCUGAAUGCCAGUGUGGGCUUGAACAUCUUCAGCGCCAUCUGUUCUGCAGUGGGCAUCAUGCUCUUCAUCACAGAUUUGAGUAUCUUAGGAGGUUAUUUCUACCCUUCCCAGGAGAGCUUGAAUGUGAGAACAGGCAUGGCUAUUUCUGGUGUACUGCUCAUCUUCUGCCUGGUGGAGCUCAGCAUUGCAGGUGUGUCCUCCCACUUUGGCUGCCAAGUGACCUGCUGUAACUACAACAAUGCAGGUGUGGUCAUUCCAAAUGUCUGUGCAACAAACCCAGUAGUCUUCCCAGAAUCACAGAACCCAAUACCAAGUUAUUCUGAUGCAGUUCAAGACUCCAGAUAAAUGAAACUGAAGAUUCUAGAAGAAUCCUUCACUGAGACUGAGUAACAGCCUCUCCUACCUAGACUCCUAUAAGCCAGGUUCUUCCUUUCCUGACAAACAUGGGGAAAUGUCUUUCUUAUGGCCUAAAUUGUGGACUCUUGCUUCAACUCACCCUGGAAAAUCUUUAUUAAAACAAGAUGGGAGAUUGAAGUGGAUUUAAACAAAGAUGCCCUACCAGGACACACACAUCUGUAUGGUGUUAGGCAUCUCUACACCAGCUUUGGUGUGUAGACAUUCAUGUAAUCCCUGCCUAUGGGAGUUUUGGGGAUAGAGAAAUAGCUAUUUUGUCAUCCAAACGUUCCUGUUAGUCAUUCAGUCACUGAAUAAAUACAUAUUGAGCAUCA